UAUCAAGCAACCUUAACGUUACUCUAUUUCACUAUCGAUGUCGAACGUGGACUGACUUUUAAACGAGCACGAGCACGACCAAACCCCACCAGUGACCACCUGAACACCAAUACCGCGAUGUCCGACUCCAACUCCGGCCUCAACAUCCUCUUCCUCGGCGGCGGGUCAAUCGGCGCCAUCUACGCCUUCCUCCUCUCGCGCUCCCCUCGCGGGCACACGAUAACGGUCGCCGUGCGCAGCGCGUACCCAAUCGUGUCGACGGUGGGGUACAGUAUCUCCAGCGUUCUGCUGGGGGAGCACACGUACCUCCCGUCACGGGUGAUCUCGUCACCUUCGCAACUCGCGCCCAGCGAAGCGUUCGACUACAUCUUCAUCACGACGAAAGCGACCUCUGGGCCACUGCCACUACACGGGUACCCGCUCUCCGCCAGCACCACCAUCGUCCUGAUCCAAAACGGCAUUGGCAUCGAGGAGCCGUACGUCGCCGCGUUCCCCGGUGUCCCCAUCGUCAGCGGCGUGGCGUACAUUGCCGCCGCGCAGCCGUCGCCAGGGAGGAUAGUGCAGUCGACCGUAUCGAUGAGCCUGCAGGUGGGCGUGUACCCUGCGCGCGGCGGCGCGGGGGAAGAGGAUCUUGGCGCGCUGGUGGGCACACUGAACGCCGCGGGGAUCGCGUGCGUCGCACUGCAGGACCUGCAGGGCGCGCGGUGGCGGAAGCUGCUGUUCAACGCGUGCUAUGCGACGGUGUGUGCGGUGACGGGGCUGGAUACGCACGAGGCGAUGGCGGUGUCGGGGGCGCUGAUCACGGGGCUCGCGGAGGAGGUCAGACUAGCAGCCAAUGCGGCCGGGACAGUGAUGAAGCGAGAGGAGGUAGACAGGUUCUUUAAUAAGACCGAGGGACUGAAGAUGGUGCCCAGCAUGCUGCAGGAUAGAAUCGCGGGAAGGGAGAUGGAGGUCCGUGCCCUGUGUGGGAAUGUGGUGGCGAUUGCGAGGGAGUUUGGCGUCGUGGUGCCGAAGAUGGAGGCUGUCUGGGAGGCACUGAAGGGCAUUAAUCGCUUGUUGGAACUGGAACGGGCGGGAAAGGCGGCGGGGACGGGGAGUACGCUCUAGAAAGGAGGCAGGGGGGAUGUAGAUAGAUGAGGUUGCUAGACUACUAACUAACUGGCUGGUUUAUGUGCAUGCUCGUAUCGUAAAAAAAGAU